GGCGCUCCCGGCGCCCGUGACCCUGCCCAGGGCGCGCGGGGCGGAGCGGGCAUGGCCCGCCGGGGGGCCGCCGCGCUGGCGCUGGCCCUCGCGCUCCUGGCGGUGGCCCUGGCCCGGGUGGGCGCCCAGGGCGCAGCCCUCCAGGCCCCGGACUACUACGUGCAGGAGACCUGGAGCCGGGAGCCCUACUACGCGCGCCCGGAGCCCGAGCCCGAGCCCUUCUCGCCGCCGCUGCCCGCGGGGACCGGGAACGGGGAGCGGGAGCCGCGCCCGCCCGAGUCCAGGCCGCCCAAGACGGCGACCAAGCCCAAGAAAGCUCCCAAGAGGGAGAAGCUGGCUCCCGAGGCGCCUCCGCCAGGUAAAAAUAGCAGCAGAAAAGGCGUGAGAACCAAGAGCUCUGAGAAGGCUGCCAGGGAUGAUCACAGCGUCCCCGUGGCCCGUGACGAAGUCAGAGAGGGUUGCCCACCUCUUGGUCUGGAAACCUUAAAAAUCACAGACUUCCAGCUUCACGCAUCCACUUCGAAGCGCUAUGGGCUGGGGGCGCAUCGAGGGAGACUCAACAUCCAGGCAGGUAUUAACGAAAAUGAUUUUUAUGAUGGGGCGUGGUGUGCAGGAAGGAAUGACCUCCAUCAGUGGAUUGAAGUCGAUGCUAGACGUCUGACCAAAUUCACUGGUGUCAUCACUCAAGGAAGGAACUCACUUUGGCUGAGCGACUGGGUGACCUCCUACAAGGUCAUGGUGAGCAAUGACAGCCACACGUGGGUCACUGUUAAGAAUGGAUCGGGAGACAUGAUAUUUGAAGGAAACAGUGAAAAAGAGAUCCCUGUUCUCAACGAGCUGCCCGUCCCCAUGGUGGCCCGCUACAUCCGCAUAAAUCCACGGUCCUGGUUCGACAACGGGAGCAUCUGUAUGAGGAUGGAGAUCCUGGGCUGUCCCCUGCCAGAUCCAAAUAACUAUUAUCACCGACGGAAUGAGAUGACCACCACCGACGACCUGGAUUUCAGACACCACAACUACAAGGAAAUGCGCCAGUUGAUGAAGGUCGUGAACGAAAUGUGCCCCAACAUCACCAGAAUUUACAACAUUGGCAAGAGCCACCAGGGCCUGAAGCUGUAUGCCGUGGAGAUCUCCGACCACCCUGGGGAGCACGAAGUCGGCGAGCCAGAGUUCCACUACAUGGCGGGCGCCCACGGCAACGAGGUGCUGGGCCGCGAGCUGAUGCUCUUGCUGCUGCAGUUCCUGUGUCAGGAGUACUUGGCCGGGAACCCCCGCAUCGUCCACCUGGUGGAGGAGACCCGGAUCCACAUCCUCCCCUCCCUCAACCCCGAUGGCUACGAGAAGGCCUACGAAGGGGGCUCGGAGCUGGGCGGCUGGUCCCUGGGGCGCUGGACCCACGAUGGCAUCGACAUCAACAACAACUUUCCUGACCUGAACACGCUGCUCUGGGAGGCAGAGGACCGACAGAAUCUCCCGAGGAAAGUUCCCAAUCACUACAUUGCGAUCCCUGAGUGGUUUCUGUCUGAAAAUGCCACGGUGGCGGUGGAGACCAGGGCCGUCAUAGCCUGGAUGGAGAAGAUCCCCUUCGUGCUGGGUGGGAACCUGCAGGGCGGCGAGCUGGUGGUGGCAUACCCCUAUGACAUGGUGCGGUCCCUGUGGAAGACGCAGGAGCACAGCCCCACGCCCGACGACCACGUGUUCCGCUGGCUGGCCUACUCCUAUGCCUCCACGCACCGCCUCAUGACCGACGCCAGGAGGAGGGUGUGCCACACGGAAGACUUCCAGAAAGAGGACGGGACUGUCAACGGGGCCUCCUGGCACACCGUGGCCGGAAGUCUCAAUGACUUCAGCUACCUUCACACAAACUGCUUCGAGCUGUCCAUCUACGUGGGCUGUGACAAGUAUCCGCACGAGAGCGAGCUGCCCGAGGAGUGGGAGAACAAUCGGGAAUCCUUAAUCGUGUUCAUGGAGCAGGUCCAUCGUGGCAUCAAAGGCAUGGUGAGGGACGCCCACGGAAAAGGAAUUCAUGCCAUCAUCUCCGUGGAAGGUGUUAACCACGACAUCCGAACAGCCAGCGAUGGGGACUACUGGCGCCUCCUGAACCCCGGGGAGUACGUGGUCACGGCCAAGGCGGAAGGGUUCACCUCGUCCACCAAGAACUGCAUGGUCGGCUACGACAUGGGGGCCACACGGUGUGACUUCACUCUCAGCAAAACCAACCUGGCCAGGAUCAGGGAGAUCAUGGAAAAGUUUGGGAAGCAGCCCGUCAGCCUGCCAGCCAGGCGGCUGAAGCUGCGCGGGCGGAAGAGACGGCAGCGCGGGGGACGUGCCAACACUUGAGGCCUGUCCCGGACCCUUGCAAAUUAAACCACCCCCAGUCGUAGCUCCAUAGAGGACUCCCUGCUGUUUUUCUCUGUAAUUCACGAAGGCCUGGGAGAAUGCGUGCAUUGCAAGCCUGGCCCCGAGGGGAGGGCUGAAAGCUUAGGAUAUUUUUUUUUUCUUUGUUCCAUUUUUCCAAAUAACUUGGACAGAUCAGCACAGAAAGGCUGGUAGGAGUGAGAUUUCAGCAGCUCAGCCUGGGAAUCGGAGACAGAGAGGGGGCCUUGCCCGCUCAGGGUCUCCUGGCCGCACAGGAAGGGAAGCCAAGGCUUCCCCUGCUGGCAUGCCAGCAAGAGCCCCUCACGCAUUUGCAUUUUGCUGGGCUCCAAUCGCAGUGUCCUGGGGCCCUGCUGUCCCAGAAGUUACCAUUUGAGACGCUUCUGGGCCCUCUGAGAGAAUCCACCCUCUCUGGCCCCGGGGCAUUCCAAGCUGCUGCAGAUUGAUUCUGCCCUCUGUGGACAAUGGAGACAUUACCAAGUGAGCAGCGGUGAGCCUCUAGAAUCCAUUCGGUCUCCCUUUCAACAAAGGACAGUGUUUCUAAAAGGAGAGAAAGGCUGAGCUAGUCCACCAGUGAUUGGUCGGCAGCCGCCAGUGGGGCUCAUCUGCAGGGUCCACAGAGAACCCCCCGGGCCCCUUGCUGGUCCAGCAGCCCUGGGGGCGGCGCGGGAGGGAGCUCCGGCAUCUAGCCCGGUCCCCUCUUUGAUCUGCGGGGACUUGAGAAGGGCCAGGAGGCAGAUCACCGGCAGCCCUCUCACUGCCUCAGAUGUGCCCCCUUUCAGGGAAAUGGGUGCACGUGAGUUGGCUUAACAUCACCAAGGGAGUUAUUUUUGAUGUGUCGGAUGCCAGACCUUCGAAUUAGGCCACGAGUGAUGAAAAGCUCCUAGAAUUAUCUGUGGAUUAUUGGUUUGGGAGGGGUUGUCGGAUGACCAUCCAAGAACACAGCCUGUCUACUUUUUCUUGAUAUUGCUGCCUCACUGACCUGGGAAGAAAGAAAAAUAAAGCAAGCAAAUGGUGACAUC